GAUUUGUGUCUCCCUACCAACCGGUUUAUCAUUUCUUCCUCAGUCACGUCACGACCCGACGACAUCACGUCUUCAUCUUCAGAGCAGUACCCGCCAAUACGCCAGUAGCUGCACUAACUAAACAAACAUGAGGCGACUCGUUUUGGUUGUCUCAGUUGCUCUGCUACUUCAAACUACCAUGGCAGACCCAAACAAUUUGGCCAUCUCACAGGCCUCCAACGCUUUUGCUUCACAGCUCUAUCAGGAACUGGCCAAAACUCCAGGCAACGUACUUGUGUGUCCAUUAAGUGCCCACAUAGCAUUGACUCUUGUCCAUCAAGGUGCGGGUGGCAAUACUGGUAAUGAGUUGGGUAAAGCUCUACACCUGGCUGGGUCCAAUGACAACAUCAAGAACAACUACAAGACACUGCUCACAGGUCUUCAGGACGAUGUCCUUAAGAUAGCAACAAAGCUGUACCCAGCAACCAGCUUCACUCCCAAGCCUGACUAUGUAAUAGUUGCUAAACAAUACUUUCUGUCCGAUGUGGAAUCCCUUGACUACAGCAAGGCUGCUGAAGCUGCUAAAACUAUCAAUACAUAUGUGGAGAACAAAACCAACAACAAGAUCCAUGAUAUUAUAAAACCAGCCUCUCUGUCAGAUCUUACCCGACUUGUGAUCAUAAAUGCUGUGCACUUCAAAGCUACCUGGGCUAAGACAUUUCCUCCUGCAUUUUCUUCAAACUUCAAGGUUACUCCAACUGAAGUGAUAAAAACCGACUUUUUGUCUUUGACUGAUCACUUCCCUUACAAGGAGGACCGUGCUCUAGGAGCCAAAGUACUCAAGAUGGAUUACGAGGGUGGCAAGUACAGCAUGGUGUUUGUGUUACCUAUUAAAGAGGAUGGCCUUCAAGAAGUUGAACACAAACUAGCCAACACCUCCAUGGACAGUUUAUUGACAGAUUUGAGGGAACAGCGUGUUGAAACUACAAUACCCAAGUUUAAAAUUGAACAGGAAAUGCAACUAAAGGAUACAUUGAUGAAGAUGGGCAUCAACAGCAUAUUUGACAGCAGAGCUAACUUGAGUAAUCUGGCUCAGGGAGAGAAUCUCUUUGUUGACUCUGUUAUCCAAAAGACCUUUAUUGAUGUCAAUGAGAAGGGAACAGAAGCUGCCGCCGCUACAGGUGUUGUUGAACCACUUUCUGGAGUUUCAGAAGACAACAUUUUUUUUGCCCGAAGACCAUUUAUUUAUUACUUAAUGCAAAACAAAAAGUUUGUGAUUAUUUUUAGUGGAAGGUUGGUAAGACCUAAAGAAUCUAAAAAAAAUACCCUCAAAAAUGUCAAGUCCCCCCUAAAAAGACAGUAAUAAUAAUAAUUGUUAUAAAAAGUGGGACUUAGCAAGAGAACUAACAUAAAUACAUUAUGGGCAAUAGAAAAGGAAGUUUUAGAAGUACCCAAGGACUUGGUUUGAAACCAAAUACAAUCCACACAUAAAUUAAAAUCAAAAUCCAAGUCCCCAAAGGUUAACCACAAAACCCUGAGAAAAAUGGUUGAGUGAUUAAUAGAUUCAGGUUUAAGUGGUAUAAAAUGUGCCACUCGUGGAGUGCAAUACUGUUGAAAUUUACUCUAUGUCAGUGGCUCAAUUUUACUUCCUUAAUUUUUACUCUAAAGUUUGCCACAGAUUUAACAUUGGAACGGCAUUUCUUUCUUCUAGUUCUUUCAAUAGUCAAGGAUACUGCUCAGUAAAAACAAAAUAAAUAAGGAAAAUUACUGUGUGUUGGGAUGUUUACAGCAACUUUGUAAAAGACUUUGCCCAAUUAAUAACACAUAAAACCAAUAGUGUAAACCUAAAUUAAAUUAAACUUUUAAUUUAAAAGAUUCAAAUUUAAUUAUACAUGAAAUUGACAAUUCUUAAAACAUAUCAAAUACCAAAAGAUUAUGAACAAAUGAUUUUAUACUACUACUGUAACGUUCCCUUCACACCAUACCCUUUUCCGCCGUCCAGUUGAAACAGCACAAUGUUACGUCUAUGUUCUUAUGUCUAUGUUUCUUACAUUUCAUUGUUUCUAACUGUACGGUAAGGUAAAUGUGUUACCUACGAUCCUUUAUUAAGCUAGCCUAUAGUGUGAAAGGAGAGUUAAGGUUAGAUCUUUGAAAGUUAAAAGAAAAUUGAUUUUUUUAUACUGUUCAGAUUACACUUGAAGUCUAUUAGUCUUUUUAAUUUAAAAUUGUGCAUAUGUAUAUUUGCACGACAUAGGCCUACAUAUGCCGACGGUGUAUACCUAAUUUUUACUUUUUCCUUGCUAUUUUUACCAUCUCUAUCUAUGCGCUUUGAAGAAGAUUGUUAUGACACAAAAUAAAUAAAUUUUUAAAAAGAAUACUAUUAAAAUAUGUCCUGAUAGUAAUUUUAUGAUUGUCGAUUCACAAUCACUGUGAUCUAUUAUAUUGUACUAUGUUUGGAUAAAAGCGAGAGAGCCUGGAUAAAUUGAUAUCUAAAAAGAAAACAGAAUGAACAGUGUGCUGCAUUUCUUAUUAAUCAUUGAAAGAGCCCAUUUGCAAACUAUGUAAACACAGGAAAGUCAGAACACCACCAAGGAGAAGAAAUAGAAAUGUUUUUUUUU